GGAUCCCAAACAGUCCCACCUCCACUGGCUCGAGCUCUGAUUGACAAUAAUGGCGACGCGUUCGUCCUGAGUUGCACCUCAAUGAAACAUUUCUCAAGACCGUAUUUUCACUAAUUCUUUGAUAUUACCUGGGCUUAAAGGUCGGCUUUAAGGAUAUCUUUCAGAAAUCAUCUCCGAAUCUCUUUUGGCAAGGACAUAUUAAGUUCUGCUGGUGGAAUUCUUGGGAAAGCACUAACAAAGGUCUCCUCAUCCGUGGCGAUGUGGCUGCUGUUUACAGACCCGUGCGUGCAUUUGUUUCGGGCAUGAAGAACUGCGAUUACUUCAUCUACAGCCGUUCAUUCAGACAUUACACUGCCAUUUAUUAAAAACCGGGACGCUUUCCUGAAACUGGCUUAGUUGCACUGCAAGCUGAGCUGCUUUUUUGCAGAAGCUUUUCACGGACAACAGCUCGCACAGACAUCCUGAAUCGCGUCACGCAAAGUUGGACCAUCUGUUGAACGCUAGCGAACGCACAGCAAAGUUCGCAAACCAUUUUUACAUCUCGCGAUAAAAACGACGGUUGCUUUUUCUAAAUCGAAAGCUUUUUGUUGCUAUUUUGCUAACGUCAAAUAACAACUUACAACUUUAGGAAGGCUAGCUAUAGCUGGUUAGCCUAGACUUGCUAACUGGCCUUUGCUAAAAACCAGCCGUUAGAGACUGAAAUGUAACCAUAAAAUUGUGUCCAGAAUAAAUGAUAAUUAACCUAAAUUUGCUAACUCUUCUCCGUAAGAGAUAUUUCACGAUAACGACUUAACCUUACAUUUAUUUGUUGCUAACUUGCACAGUUCUUAAUAACUGAAGUUAAAUUCUGUUGUCAGGAUAUCAAUAGACCGUUAAUUGUAUGACUUGAGAAAACUAGGUCAUCCCUUUAACUUGUCCAAACAACUAAAUUGCCCUCCUUCACUUGCCGUUGACCCAGAUGUUAGACGAGACGAAUCAGUUCAUUUAAAACCUCACGUUUUUUGAGCUGGCUUGACGGCUAGCUAAAAGUUACUUUUGUUGCAAUAUUUGCGUGUAAAUGACCACCGGUAGGAAUAACCGAGUCAUGAUGGAAGGAGUGGGUGCUCGAGUUAUCCGCGGGCCUGACUGGAAGUGGGGUAAACAGGACGGAGGAGAAGGGCACGUCGGCACCGUCAGGAGUUUUGAGAGCCCAGAGGAGGUGGUGGUAGUGUGGGAUAACGGCACCGCCGCCAAUUACCGCUGCUCCGGAGCUUAUGAUGUGAGGAUUUUAGACAGUGCGCCCACAGGAAUCAAGCAUGAUGGCACCAUGUGUGACACCUGUCGGCAGCAGCCCAUCAUUGGGAUCCGAUGGAAAUGUGCGGAGUGCACCAACUAUGACCUCUGCACCACCUGUUACCAUGGUGAUAAGCACCACCUGCGCCACAGGUUCUACCGCAUCACCACUCCUGGUAGUGAGAGAGUUCUUUUGGAAUCUCGACGCAAGUCAAAGAAGAUCACCGCCCGGGGCAUCUUUGCAGGAGGACGGGUGGUGCGAGGAGUGGAUUGGCAGUGGGAGGAUCAGGAUGGCGGGAAUGGAAGAAGAGGAAAGGUGACGGAGAUCCAGGACUGGAGUGCUGCCAGCCCCCACAGCGCAGCCUACGUCCUCUGGGACAACGGGGCCAAGAACCUCUACCGAGUGGGAUUCGAGGGCAUGUCUGAUUUGAAGUGUGUGCAAGAUGCCAAAGGAGGCACUUUUUACAGAGACCACUGUCCAGUGUUGGGUGAGCAGAAUGGAAACAGGAACCCAGGAGGUCUGCAGAUUGGAGACUUGGUCAACAUUGAUUUGGACCUGGAGAUCGUUCAGUCGCUGCAGCAUGGUCACGGAGGCUGGACUGAUGGCAUGUUUGAGACACUCACCACCACAGGCACUGUGUGCGGCAUUGAUGAAGACCAUGACAUUGUUGUGCAGUAUCCUAGUGGAAACAGAUGGACAUUUAACCCAGCGGUGCUCACAAAGGCAAACGUUGUACGUAGUGGAGAGGUGGCGGCUGGUGCUGAGGGAGGCAGUUCUCAGUUCAUGGUGGGAGACUUGGUCCAGAUCUGCUAUGACAUUGACCGCAUCAAACUACUCCAGAGAGGACAUGGAGAGUGGGCUGAAGCUAUGCUGCCAACCCUUGGAAAGGUGGGAAGAGUUCAGCAGAUUUACUCUGACAGUGACCUCAAAGUCGAGGUUUGCGGGACAUCCUGGACAUACAAUCCAGCCGCUGUCACUAAAGUGGCUCCUGCUGGAUCUGCUGUUACUAAUGCUUCUGGAGAGCGCCUGUCUCAGCUCCUCAAGAAGCUUUUUGAGACGCAGGAGUCUGGAGACAUUAAUGAAGAGCUGGUGAAGGCCGCGGCCAAUGGUGACCUAGCCAAAGUAGAGGACAUCCUGAAGAGACCUGAUGUAGAUGUGAACGGGCAGUGUGCAGGACACACUGCCAUGCAGGCAGCCAGCCAAAAUGGCCAUGUGGACGUCCUCAAACUGCUGCUGAAACAUAAUGUGGACCUGGAGGCUGAGGAUAAGGAUGGAGACCGAGCUGUCCAUCACGCAGCCUUCGGGGACGAAGGUUCUGUCAUCGAGGUGCUGCAUCGAGGUGGGGCUGACCUGAAUGCCAGAAACAAACGCAGACAGACGCCUCUGCAUAUCGCUGUCAACAAGGGCCACCUACAGGUGGUGAAGACUUUGCUUGACUUUGGCUGCCAUCCCAGUCUGCAGGACUCAGAGGGAGACACACCUCUGCAUGAUGCCAUCAGCAAGAAGAGGGAUGACAUGCUCUCUGUGCUCCUGGAAGCAGGUGCAGAUGUCACAAUUACCAACAAUAACGGAUUCAACGCGCUUCACCAUGCAGCUCUGCGAGGGAACCCCAGUGCCAUGCGUGUGCUGCUAUCCAAACUGCCAAGACCAUGGAUAGUGGAUGAGAAAAAGGAUGAUGGUUACACCGCGCUUCACCUGGCUGCCCUCAACAACCACGUGGAGGUGGCAGAGCUCCUAGUCCACCAGGGAAGUGCCAAUUUGGACGUACAGAACGUUAACCAGCAGACGGCACUGCACCUUGCUGUAGAACGUCAGCACACCCAGAUAGUGCGACUCUUGGUGCGAGCUGAAGCAAAGUUGGACGUGCAAGACAAGGACGGAGACACACCACUGCACGAGGCUCUGCGUCACCACACUCUGUCCCAGCUGCGCCAACUUCAGGACAUGCAGGACGUCAGCAAAGUGGAGCCCUGGGAGCCCUCCAAAAACACAUUAAUUAUGGGACUGGGCACUCAGGGGGCUGAGAAGAAGAGUGCAGCUUCUAUUGCUUGCUUCCUGGCGGCCAAUGGAGCUGACCUCACCAUCCGUAACAAGAAGGGCCAGUCUCCUCUGGACCUGUGCCCCGACCCCAGUCUCUGCAAGGCCCUUGCUAAAUGCCACAAAGAGAAGACUAGUGGGCAGGUUGGCUCCCGUAGCCCGUCUCUAAACAGUAAUAACGAGACUCUUGAGGAAUGCAUGGUGUGCUCGGAUAUGAAAAGAGACACGCUUUUUGGCCCCUGCGGUCAUAUCGCUACCUGCUCUCUCUGCUCGCCUCGUGUCAAGAAGUGUCUCAUUUGUAAGGAACAGGUCCAGUCCAGAACCAAGAUUGAGGAGUGUGUGGUUUGCUCUGAUAAAAAGGCAGCUGUGCUUUUCCAACCCUGUGGUCACAUGUGUGCCUGUGAGAACUGUGCCAGCCUGAUGAAAAAGUGUGUACAGUGUCGCGCCGUGGUGGAGCGCCGCACUCCCUUCGUUUUGUGCUGUGGAGGGAAAGGUAUGGAGGAUGCCACUGAUGAUGAGGACCUUACAGGGGGCUCUAACUCAAUGGCAGGGGGAUCGCAGGAUCUUCUCCAGCCCAACAAUCUGGCACUAAGUUGGUCCAGCGGAAAUAUCCCAGCCUUGCAGAGGGACAAAGACAACACUAAUGUCAAUGCAGAUGUACAGAAGUUACAACAGCAGCUGCAGGAUAUCAAAGAGCAGACUAUGUGCCCCGUGUGUCUGGAUCGCCUAAAGAAUAUGAUCUUCAUGUGUGGUCAUGGCACUUGUCAGCUCUGUGGAGACAGAAUGAGCGAGUGCCCCAUCUGCCGCAAGGCCAUCGAACGUCGAAUCCUACUUUACUAGAGCGCCGGGCCAUGACAACAUCCCUGUUUUCCAGCCACAGAGCGUGCUGCUGCUCUCAUAAGCACCUUUCCUGUAUCCGCAAGGCUCUCUGUGUCCACGCUAAGCUAAGAGUCAUCAGUGUUGCAUCAUCUUUAUUUUAUCUUUUAGGCUCGAUAUUUGUUCAGUUAACUUCAGUUUUCUGUUUGCUUGGAUUAUGUUCAGCAAGAGGAGGAAGAAUCUUGCUUAACUACUUCAUCUUGCCAUUUUGUUCAUGCAAGUGCCCACUUUUUUUCUGCCACGAGCAGUUCAGCAACACCUAUAAGACAUGAACUGACACUGUCAGGGUCUGCUGUUUCAUCUUUUAUUAUGUCAGUGUAUUAUGCUCAUAUAUCCUAAUGCAAACAAUUGUAUCUACAGUAUCUGUGUAGGUCAUGAUACAGCAUGGUGAAAUGUAGAACAUGACUGAACUCUGUCCCACUGAAUCUUUGGAAAUUUGUCUCAUUCUGUGUGACGUAGCAUUCAUUUUUAAAUGAUGUGUAAAUGUAAAGCAUCUGCAUUUACUGGCGGAAGAAAGUUUGUCGUGCUCAAACAGUGAAAUAAAACAUUCACCUUUUAGCAGUA